UAAUAUAUGGGUAUAAUUAUGAAAGAGGGUAGCAUCAAUUAUCGGCGACAGAUUUAUGUACCUACCUACGUAUCAUCUUUCUCUUUCAAUAAAUGGUGGUUACCAAGCAGACGUGUCUUGUGCUUUCUCUCCGUUCUAGAAGUUCCUAGCUGGCCGGUGUACCCAUAGACUUUUCAGUGGCGACGAGAUCGAGGAAUAAACGCGUGUGGAACAUUUUUUUUUUAAGUCAAGUGGACAAAAGUGAAUAUCACAGUUACAAUGUCGAUCGGUAAAGUUGGUGCGUUCGAUGUGCAUAAGGAUAAUUGGGACUUAUAUGUGGAACGAUUAGGCCAAUAUUUUCUGGUAAACGACGUUAAACCGGCAGUGCAAGUGGCAACGUUAAUCACCGUCAUGGGUAGUGAGGCGUACGAGCUCAUGGCGAAUUUAUGUUCACCGGACAAGCCGUCAACAAAAAAAUACGAUGACCUUGUGGCAGUUAUGAAGAAGCACCUACAGCCAGCUCGCAGUACCAUGGCCGAACGAUUUAAAUUUCGUCAAAGGACACAAAAAAGUGACGAAACCGUGGCGGAAUAUACCGCGGAGUUGAAAAAGUUAACCAAAGAUUGUGGUUUCGACGAGACUAGUUUAAAAGACAAUUUACGAGACCAAUUUGUGUGUGGCGUUCGUAAUGACAGUAUUCGGCAAAAGUUAUUUACGGAAGAUAACCUAACAUUUGAAAGAGCAUUUAAAGUGGCGGUGGCGAUGGAAGCUGCGGAAAAUCAUGCGGCGUUGGUACAGGACCGUUCUAUAACAGGGGAGGGAGUAUCAUCGUCCACGAUGGCAACGGCAGUGCAUCAGCUGGCCGCGGUCAGACGCGACAAGCGGCAGUCGGCGGGGCCGGAGCGCUAUGCAUCGCGCGGUUCAAAGGUCGUGCAGUGCGACGGGUCAAAGGGCGCCAGCGGCACGGGCGCGGGCAAGGGACGAGCGGUUAGGAACACUGCAGACGGGAAGGGAGGACAAACUCAGCAAUGUCCGACGUGCGGAGGGCCACAUGUGCACAGUUUGUGUAAAUUUAAAGCCUAUGUUUGCAGAGUUUGUAACAAAGAAGGGCAUCUUAAGAAAAUGUGUCCAAAUAUGAGGAAAAAUGUGUCAUUUCAUGCGAUGUUAGAAGAACAGGCAGCGGACGAGGAUUUGGAAAGUGACAGUAACGGCAGUGAAGAGUUCCAGAUAUUGUGAAGUGUUUGAAGGCGGCCUGGGAAGGUUUACCGGCGGGAAGGUGGGGUUCCGGCUGCGCGAGGGCGCGACGCCCGUGUUCCUGCGCGCGCGCCCGCUGGCGUACGCGCUGCGCGAGCCGGUGGAGCGCGCGCUCGACCAGCUGGUGGCUGACGGCGUGAUCACUCCGGUAAACUCGUCCGACUGGGCUACGCCUAUAGUGCCGGUGAUGAAAAAAGACGGAACGAUUCGGGUAU